AUGGCGGAACCCGAAAGGGUAGCCACAACCACCCCUACACCCAGCAACCAGGGAGACCCAAAUUUUAUUAACACACUAUUCUCAAGGAGAAAUAAAGACAGAAUUGACAAGCUGCUUCUACAAACACCAUCUCUGGAUGCACACAAACCACCCCAACACAGCCCCCGGAGGGAUAGUGGACAUAACCACCCUUACCGUCAUGUGAGUACUCCUAAUCCUAGUAGACAUAGCAAAUCUAGAAGUAGAAGUAGAAAAGAUUCGUCUGAAAAUAUUUCCCGAAAAAAAAGUUUGGAGAAAACUUAUUCUGACCCAAAAUCUGACCAUAAGUCAGUACCAGAAAAGCCCCAACACUUAAACCGCUCCGGUCACUCACCCAGCGAAAGAGACUGUUCUAACGCCCAAGAAGUUGAACAAAAUGAAAGUAUGGAGAAUACCAAAGAAAGUAUGGAGAAAGGUGAUGUGCUGAAAAAUACAACAGUAUUCCACAUACUUUCUAAAAAUAAUUUUGACAAUAACGCGAACGCGUCAAGCCCGAUCGACUCGCCGGAUAGUGAUGGCAAUUUUACAAACUUUAAAAGUGCGGAGAACUCGCCUCUAAACAAUACACUUGUAAACGUCGGUGAAUUCGGUAGUGCGAGCGAAAAAGUGAAAUAUAUCACCGGUAUCGCGGAACAAAACAUUGACAAUUUAAUCAUUCAAAGUGCCGAGAAUGCAGAGAAAAGACUCUUAGAACUAGCCAAAGACAGUACAGAUUUGGAAAGUAUGGAGAAAAAUUUAGAAAGUAUGGAGAAAACGCGAGAAAGUAUGGAGAAAGCACUGAAAAGUAUGGAGAAAACUCAGAAAAGUUCGGAGAAUGAACUGAAAAGUUUGGAGAACACGAAAAAAAGUAAGGAGAAUAUAUUUAAAAGUUUGGAGAAUAUACACAGAAGCUCUGACAACGAGAAUACAAGUUCGGAGAAUAGCUCGGAAAGCUUGGGGAAAGCCAACACUAAGGCCCAAUCAUCGGGAUAUGAUUUCCCAAACUUUGUGUCGGCAUACAACACGCUGCCGUUACCAGCCACGGUCACCGAGAGAAUUCUAAACUUUAGAACGGACGCGCAAAACAUUACCUCUAGCGAGGACGAGUCGAUGAAAACGAGACAAUCGAACACCGUCGUGACCAGUGACCAAAUCCGAAAAUUCACUGGACUGAAACCGUCGGGGUCCACGGGCGCGGUCGCGAAAACCACACCUGAACAGCCCUCGAAACGAAAAAGGCUAGGGCAACGGCCCACAAUUGAGGAACAGAACAACGACGGACCAGUAAGCAUGGAAACCAACGACUCUGAAGGUUUCAAAACACCUAAGAAGUUUUCUACUAACUUUGUAAAAGUUCUAAGAGAAAAAGCGGUGAGAUCGAUAAAACUACAGAACAAAUAUAAUGCCCUAUCAGAUACCGACUCAGAUGAAGAAAAUUACCCACCCAAGAAAAACGACACUAAAAAAGCCGCAACCGACAGGCCAAAGGAGACAGAAACACAUAAACCUCCAAAAACUAACACGGUCAACAAAACCAACCCAACUAUCCCAAAAAAAUCGACUAUGCCCCCGAUAGUAAUAGAGGGCAGGACUGACAACCACAACAGCCUCAAAAAAGACCUGCAAAGCAUUGUCAAGGGUAAAUACACAAUUAAAUAUACAUCGAACUCCACCAUAUUAUACCUCGAGGAACUAGCAGAUCAUAAAAACCUCCUGGCUAGCUUUAGAGAAGCCAAAAUAUCCCACCACUCCUACACAAGCCGAUCAGACAAAUCGCACGCGUUUGUUCUAAGAGGAAUAGCGGAAGGUACCACCCUGGAACAGAUUGAAGAGGAUCUGAUGCAAUCGUACGACAUCAAAAUCAGGGAUUCAUACAAAAUGUCCACGAAAAAUCGCCCUCUCUUCCUGAUCGUAACGGAUCCGGCUAUCACGCUCGACUUCCUAAAUAAAAACAUUCGAGUGGUUGAGAACACCAGGGUGAUUGGAAAUCUUGCUGGAGGCGAAAAUUUAAGCAAUAUCAGGAAUAUAAAAAUUGAAAAAAAUGAUCCAUUUACAGUUUUUUAUAAAACGUCGUACUCUCAUGUAGACUUUUCAGAAAUGACUGUGAAAACAGUUCGCGGCAGGAGUAACAUAGCAUUGACACUGGAACCAGCAUACAAAUCUAAAAUAAAAAUUGAGGAGUCUGCUGCAAGAAGGAUGCAGCUCCAUUUUUGGUAA